CUGGAGACUGGCUCCAGCCUCACUCUGCUGGGAACCGGAGCUGCGACUGAGGCAUCACCCUGAGAAGCAGCAUGGAGCAGCCCAACAGAGGAGCCUCCAGCUCAAGAUGGCCACCCCAGGACUCAGUGUUCUGUGGUGCUUCUUCUGCCAAUGAAGGGUGUCUACUCGGGAGGCCUCAGGCAGACACAGAGCACACCCCGGGGAACACGUCUGUGGACCCUGAUUCCGGGCUGAAGAAGUCUUCUCAGAACCCUGACCCUAAGCUCCCACCAUUACCCCUGACCCCAUCCCUGCCCGUGGUGUCAGACCUGGGGCAACCCCGGAAGUUGCCCCUGACAAGCACAGAUAAGACGUAUCCACUGAUGAAGCAGCGUGGCUUCUACUCUGAUAUCCUCAGCACCGAAUCCCUGGACCAGCUAGGGGAAGUGUGUCAAGGUCCCUUUGUGAACCAGAACCUCCUGCGGCAGGCUGACCUCAAGGAGUUCACUCCUAAAGUCAGCACCUUUAGGAUUCCUGAGGACUUCAGGGAGCGGCUAGAGCAGCAGCGCGUAGGGCCCACGACCGAGCUGCUCUCCCAUACUGACUUCCCGCUCCAGGCCUACGAGCCCAAGGUGCAGGUGCCCUUUCUGGUGCUGCCGGGCCAGUGCCCCCGCAAGAUUGAGAUUGAGAGGAGGAAGCGGUUGUACCUGAGCCUGGACAUUGAGCAGUUGCUGCACAGAGAGGGUAUCGACUCCGACAAGCUCAUGCCCAGGCACCCAGACCUCCAGCACCCUCAGACCAUCGAGCAGGGCCACGACCCCCUUUUCCCCAUUUACCUCCCACUCAAGGUUUUUGACAACGAGGAGUUUGACUGCCGGACCCCCAGCGAGUGGCUCAAUAUGGGUGUGGAGCCGGGGUCUCAGGACAGGAAGCCCGUGCCCGGGAAAGCCCUCCUGCCCACCAACGACUUCUUGGGGCAUGAGGACCCCAAAAGCCAGCAGCUGAAGUAUAAGUGGUGUGACGUUGGCGUCCUGGACUACGACAAGGAGAAGAAGCUAUACCUGGUGCACAAGACGGAUGAGAGGGGCCUGGUGCGCGAUGAGCUCGGGAAGCCCAUCCUGAACGGAGGGGUCACGGUGGAAGGUAGACCCCCGCUCCUGAUCUGCCAGUACUGGGUGCCACGCAUACAGCUCCUCUUCAGCGCCGAGGACCCGUGCGUGUUCACACAGCGUGUGAUCGAGGCCAACAACCUGCGCAAGAGCACAGAGGCGCUGCUGCUGUACAACCUGUACGUGGACUGCAUGCCGGCGGAGGGCCAGCGGGUCAUCAGCGAGCAGAGCCUGGGCAAGAUCAGGCAGUGGGCCAUGAGCACGCCCAGGAUGCGCAAGGGGCCCUCGGUCCUGGAGCACCUCAGCAAUCUCUCCAAGGAAGUGAGCCUGGACUUUGAGCGCAGCAUGAACAAGAUCAACUUUGACCGAAUCGUCUCCUCCAAGCCCGACACCUUCUCCUACGUGACCCUCCCCAAGAAGGAGGAGGAGGUCGUGCCCACGCAAGGGCUGGUGAAAGUCCCCAGGUACCCCUUCCAGGAGCAGAAGGAAGAUUUCACUUUUGUGUCCCUGCUCACGCGUCUGGAGGUCAUCACAGCCCUCAGCAAGGUGCGGGCCGAGUGCAACAAGGUCACCUCCAUGUCGCUGUUCCACUCCAGCCUCUCCAAGUACAGCCGCCUGGAAGAGUUUGAACAGAUCCAGUCACAGACCUUCUCCCAGGUGCAGCUGUUCCUCAGGGACACCUGGAUCAGCACGCUCAAGGUGGCCAUGCGCAGCAGCCUGCGCGACAUGAGCAAGGGCUGGUACAACCUGUACGAGACCAACUGGGAGGUGUACCUGAUGUCGAAGCUGCGCAAGCUGAUGGAGCUCAUCAAGUAUAUGCUGCAGGACACCCUGCGCUUCCUGGUGCAGGACUCGCUGGCCAGCUUCUCGCAGUUCAUCAACGACGCCUGCUGCAGCGUGCUCGACUGCCCCGAGGACAUGGUCUGGGGGGACGACUUCAUCAACAGUCCCUACAGGCCCCGCAAGAAUCCCCUCUUCAUUGUGGACCUGGUGCUGAACAGCACAGGGGUGCACUACAGCACCCCGCUGGAGCAGUUUGAGACGUCUCUGCUCAACCUUUUCGACAAGGGCAUCCUGGCCACCCACGCGGUGCCGCAGCUGGAGAAGAUGGUGAUGGAGGACAUCUUCAUCAGCGGCAACCCCCUGCUGGAGUCAGUGGGGCUCCACGAGCCCCUGGUGGAGGAGCUGCGGGCUGCGAUCGCCCACGCCAUGCGCAAGGCUAUGGUGCCCCUGCAGGCCUACGCCAAAGAGUACAGAAAGUACCUGGGACUGCACAACAGCGACAUCGCCACCUUCCUCAAGGCCUACCAGGCGCAGUGCCCGCCAGCUGAGGUGGUGCGGGAGGUGGUGCUCACCCACCUUCAAGAGAAGGAGAUCCUGGACAGCUCGCUGCCCAGCAGCAUCGUCAUCGGGCCCUUCUACAUCAACGUCGACAACGUCAAGCACAGCCUGUCCAAGAAGCGCAAGGCCCUGGCCAUGUCCAUGCUGGACAUCCUGGCCAAGACGCUGCACAAGGAGGUGGACGACAUUUGCGAGGAGUUCCGCAGCAUCAGCCGCAAGAUCUACGAGAAGCCCAACAGCAUCGAGGAGCUGGCCGAGCUCCGAGAGUGGAUGAAAACCAUCCCCGAGAAGCUGGGGGUGCUGGAGGAGCGGAUCGCAAAGGUCAUGGAUGACUACCAGGUCAUGGAUGAAUUCUUCUACAACCUCAGCACAGAUGACUUCAAUGACAAAUGGGCCGCCAGCAACUGGCCUUCCAAGAUCCUGGGGCAGAUGGAGUUGGUGCGGCAUCAGCACCUCGAAGAAGAGGAGAAGUUCCGCAAAAUCCAGAUCAUGGACCAGAACAACUUCCAGGAGAAGCUGGAAGGGCUGCAGCUGGUGGUGGCUGGCUUCUCCACUCACGUGGAGAUCUCUCGGGCACACGAAAUUGCCAACGAGGUGCGACGCGUCAAGAAGCAGCUGAAGGACUGCCAGCAGCUGGCCAUGCUGUACAACAACCGCGAGCGCAUCUUCGGCCUGCCCGUCACCAAUUACGACAAGCUCUCCAAGAUGGUGAAAGAUUUCCAGCCUUACCUGGACCUCUGGACCACGGCCUCCGACUGGCUGCGCUGGUCUGAGAGCUGGAUGAACGACCCUCUGUCAGCCAUCGACGCCGAGCAGCUGGAGAAGAACGUCAUCGAGUCUUUCAAGACCAUGCAUAAGUGUGUGAAGCAGUUCAAAGACAUCCCAGCCUGCCAGGAGGUGGCCUUAGACAUCCGGGCACGCAUUGAGGAGUUCAAGCCCUACAUCCCCCUGAUCCAGGGGCUGCGUAACCCCGGCAUGCGGAACCGCCACUGGGAGAUUCUGUCCAACGAAAUCAACAUCAAUGUCAGGCCCAAGGCCAACCUGACCUUCUCCCGCUGCCUGGAGAUGAACCUGCAGGACCACAUCGAGAGCAUCAGCAAGGUGGCCGAGGUGGCCGGCAAGGAGUAUGCCAUCGAGCAGGCGCUGGACAAAAUGGAAAAAGAGUGGUCAACCAUUCUGUUCAACGUGCUACCCUACAAGGAGACGGAGACUUACAUCCUCAAGAGCCCAGAUGAGGCCUCACAGCUGCUGGACGACCACAUCGUCAUGACCCAGAGCAUGUCCUUCUCGCCCUACAAGAAGCCCUUCGAGCAGCGUAUCAACACUUGGGAGAGCAAGCUGAAGCUGACCCAGGAAGUGCUGGAGGAGUGGCUGAACUGCCAGAGGUCCUGGCUCUACCUAGAGCCCAUCUUCAGCUCCGAGGACAUCAACCGGCAGCUGCCCGUGGAGAGCAAGCGCUACCAGACUAUGGAGCGGAUCUGGAGGAAGAUCAUGAAGAAUGUCUACGAGAACCGGGAGGUGAUCAACGUGUGCUCCGACCAGAGGCUGCUGGACAGCCUGCGGGAUUGCAACAAGCUGCUGGACAUGGUGCAGAAGGGUCUCAGCGAGUACCUGGAGACCAAGAGAAGCGCCUUCCCCAGAUUCUACUUCCUGUCGGACGACGAGCUGCUUGAGAUCUUAUCCCAGACGAAGGACCCCACGGCCGUGCAGCCUCACCUGCGCAAGUGUUUCGAAAACAUCGCCCGGCUGCUGUUCCAGGAAGACCUAGAGAUCACACACAUGUACUCGGCGGAGGGCGAGGAGGUGCAGCUGUCCUUCUCCAUCUACCCAUCCAGCAACGUGGAGGACUGGCUGAAGGAGGUGGAGCGCAGCAUGAAGACCAGCGUGCGGGACAUCAUCGAGAGGGCCAUCAAGGCCUACCCCACGAUGCCCAGGACCGAGUGGGUUCUAAGCUGGCCCGGCCAGGUGACCAUCGCCGGAUGCCAGACCUACUGGACCAUGGAAGUGGCAGAGGCCCUGGAGGCUGGUAACCUCAGCAACAAGCUGUUCCCUCAGCUUGCCCAGCAGCUCAGUGACCUGGUGGCGCUGGUCCGAGGGAAGCUGUCCCGCAUGCAACGGGCAGUGCUGUCAGCGCUGAUUGUCAUCGAGGUGCACGCCAAGGACGUGGUGAGCAAGCUGGUCAAGGAGGAGGUGGUCAGUGUGAAUGACUUCGAGUGGAUCUCCCAGCUGAGGUACUACUGGACAAACGGCAACCUGUACAUCCGGGCCGUGAACGCCGAGUUCAUCUACGGCUACGAAUACCUCGGCAACAGCGGGCGGCUGGUGAUCACCCCCCUCACCGACAGGUGCUACCUGACUCUGACUGGGGCGCUGCACCUCAAGUUUGGAGGCGCCCCGGCUGGCCCAGCCGGCACAGGGAAAACUGAGACGACCAAAGACCUGGGCAAGGCUUUGGCCAUCCAGACUGUCGUGUUCAACUGCUCUGACCAGCUCGACUUCAUGGCCAUGGGCAAGUUCUUCAAAGGCCUGGCCAGUGCUGGCGCCUGGGCCUGCUUUGACGAGUUCAAUCGCAUUGACAUCGAGGUGCUUUCUGUGGUAGCACAGCAGAUCACCACCAUCCAGAAAGCACAGCAACAGCGGGUGGAACGCUUCAUGUUUGAGGGCGUGGAGAUUCCGCUCGUGCCGUCCUGCGCAGUGUUCAUCACCAUGAACCCCGGGUAUGCCGGCCGCACAGAGCUACCCGACAACCUGAAGGCGCUCUUCCGGCCGGUGGCCAUGAUGGUUCCAGACUACGCCAUGAUCGCCGAGAUCUCCCUCUACUCCUUUGGCUUCAAUGAAGCCAAUGUGCUGGCCAAGAAGAUCACAACCACCUUCAAGCUGUCUUCUGAGCAACUCAGCUCACAGGAUCACUAUGACUUUGGGAUGAGGGCUGUGAAAACGGUGAUCUCAGCGGCCGGGAACCUGAAGCGAGAGAACCCCACUAUGAACGAGGAGCUGAUCUGCCUCCGAGCCAUCCGUGAUGUGAACGUGCCCAAGUUCCUGCAGGAGGACCUCAAGCUCUUCGCUGGGAUCGUGUCUGACCUGUUCCCCACCAUCAAGGAGGAGGAAACCGACUACGGCAUCCUGGACAAGGCCAUCCGCAAGGCCUGUGAGAAGAGCAACCUCAAGGACGUGGACGGCUUCCUGACCAAGUGCAUCCAGCUCUACGAGACCACGGUGGUGCGGCACGGCCUCAUGCUUGUGGGGCCUACGGGCUCUGGCAAGAGCAACUGCUACAGAGUCCUGGCAGCAGCCAUGACCUCGCUGAAAGGGCAGCCGUCCAUCAGCGGCGGUGUGUACGAAGCCGUCAGCUACUACGUGCUCAACCCCAAGUCCAUCACGAUGGGCCAGCUGUACGGGGAGUUUGACCUGCUCACCCACGAGUGGACAGAUGGGAUUUUCUCCUCCCUCAUCCGGGCUGGAGCCAUCGCCACCGACACUAACAAGAAGUGGUAUAUGUUUGAUGGACCCGUGGAUGCCGUCUGGAUCGAGAACAUGAACACGGUGCUGGACGACAACAAGAAGCUUUGCCUCAGCUCCGGGGAGAUCAUCAAGCUCACGGAGGCGAUGACCAUGAUGUUUGAGGUGCAGGACCUGGCGGUGGCCUCCCCAGCCACGGUGUCACGCUGCGGCAUGGUGUACCUGGAGCCCAGCAUCCUGGGCCUCAUGCCUUUCGUGGACUGCUGGCUGAAGAACCUCCCCCCGCUAUUCAAGCCCCAUGAGGACUUGUUCAGGUUCCUCUUUGUCAACUAUCUGGAGACAACCAUCACUUUCGUCCGGUCCUCAGUGAAGGAGGUGAUCACCUCGACCAAUAGUAACCUGACCAUGAGUCUUCUCAAGCUGCUGGACUGCUUCUUCAAGCCCUUCCUGCCAAGAGAGGGCCUCAAGAAAAUCCCCUCCGAAAAGCUGAGUCGCAUCCCUGAGCUGAUUGAGCCCUGGUUCAUCUUCUCCCUGAUCUGGAGCGUGGGCGCCACAGGGGACAGCGCCAGCCGUAUCAUCUUCAGCCACUGGCUCAAGAUCAAGAUGAAACUGGAUGAGCUGACGUUGCAGUUCCCAGAAGAGGGACUGGUGUUCGACUAUCGGCUGGAUGACGCGGGCAUCAGCUGCAGCAAUGACGACGAGGAGGAGGACGAGGAGGGAGCAGAGGUUGCCUGGGUGAAGUGGAUGGACUCCUCGACUCCAUUCUCCAUGCCGCCAGACACCAACUACUGUAACAUCAUCGUGCCCACCAUGGACACCAUGCAGAUGUCCUACCUGCUGGGCAUGCUGCUCACCAACCACAAGCCUGUGCUAUGCAUCGGGCCCACCGGCACGGGGAAGACCCUCACCAUCUCCGACAAGCUCCUCAAGAACCUGCCGCUGGAGUACAUCAGCCACUUCCUCACCUUCUCAGCCCGCACCUCGGCCAACCAGACCCAAGACCUUAUCGACAGCAAGUUGGACAAGAGGCGGAAGGGCGUGUUCGGACCACCCCUGGGACGCAACUUCAUCUUCUUUAUUGAUGACCUGAACAUGCCAGCCUUGGAGACCUAUGGUGCGCAGCCGCCCAUUGAACUGCUGCGCCAGUGGAUGGACCACGGGGGCUGGUACGACCGCAAGAUCAUCGGAGCCUUCAAGAACCUGGUGGACAUCAACUUUGUCUGUGCCAUGGGCCCCCCCGGGGGAGGCAGGAACCCCGUCACCCCUCGUCUGACUCGCCACUUUAACUACCUGUCCUUUGCUGAGAUGGACGAGGUCAGCAAGAAGCGGAUCUUCUCCACCAUCCUGAGCAGUUGGAUAGGUGGACUGCUUGGAGAAAAAAGUUACCGAGAGCCUGUGCCCGGGGCCCCCAACAUCGCCCACUUGUCGGACCCCCUCGUGGAAGCCACUAUCACAGUGUACUCCACCAUCAUCUCCCAGCUGCUGCCCACCCCAACCAAGUCCCACUACACCUUCAACCUGAGGGACCUCUCCAAGGUCUUCCAAGGCAUGCUCAUGGCUGACCCAGCCAAGGUGGAGGACAAGGUGCAGCUGCUGCGGCUUUGGUAUCACGAGAACUGCCGCGUGUUCCGAGACCGCCUGGUGAACGAGGAGGACCGCAGCUGGUUCGACAAGCUCCUGGAGACCCACAUGGAGCAGUGGGAGGUGGCCUUUGAAGAGGUCUGCCCCUUCCAGCCCAUCCUCUACGGGGACUUCAUGAUGCCCGGCUCUGACAUCAAGUCCUACGAGCUCAUCACCAGUGAGAAGAAGAUGAUGCAGGUGAUCGAGGAGUACAUCGAGGACUACAACCAGAUCAACACGGCCAAGCUGAAGCUGGUCCUCUUCAUGGAUGCCAUGAGCCACAUCUGCCGCAUCAGCCGCACCCUGCGCCAGGCACUGGGUAACGCGCUGCUGCUGGGCGUGGGUGGCAGCGGCCGCAGCUCCCUCACACGGCUGGCCUCUCACAUGGCGGAGUACGAGUGCUUCCAGAUUGAGCUGUCCAAGAACUACGGCAUGAGCGAGUGGCGUGAGGAUGUCAAGAAGGUCCUGCUCAAGGCUGGUCUGCAAAACCUGCCCAUCACCUUCCUGUUCUCGGACACCCAGAUCAAGAACGAGUCCUUCCUGGAGGACAUCAACAAUGUCCUCAACUCCGGGGACAUCCCCAACCUCUACAACUUGGAUGAGCAGGACCAGAUAGUCAACACCAUGCGGCCCCACAUCCAGGAGCAAGGCCUGCAGCCCACCAAGGCCAACCUCAUGGCUGCCUACACCGGGCGCGUGCGCAACAACAUCCACAUGGUGCUGUGCAUGAGCCCCAUCGGAGAGGUCUUCCGAGCUCGCCUGAGACAGUUCCCCUCCCUGGUCAACUGCUGCACCAUCGACUGGUUUAAUGAGUGGCCGGCAGAAGCCUUAGAGUCAGUGGCCACCAUGUUCCUGAACGAGAUCCCAGAACUGGAGUCCAGCCCCACAGUAAUUGAAGGAAUGGUUCAAGUCUGCGUGUUCAUCCACCAGUCAGUGGCCAAGAAAUGCGUCGAGUACCUGGCCGAGCUGGCCCGCCACAACUACGUGACCCCUAAGAGCUACCUGGAGCUGCUCAAUAUCUUCUCCGUCCUCAUCGAGCAGAAGAAACAGGAGCUGAAAACGGCCAAGAACCGCAUGAAGAGUGGCCUGGACAAGCUGCUGCGUACAGCAGAGGACGUGGCCAAGAUGCAGGAGGAGCUGGAGAUCAUGCGCCCCCUGCUGGAGGAGGCCGCCAAGGACACCCUGCUCACCAUGGAGCAGAUCAAGGUGGACACAGCCAUAGCUGAGGAGACCCGGCAGUCAGUGCAGGCGGAGGAGAUCAAGGCCAAUGAGAAGGCCAGGAAGGCGCAGGCCAUCGCCGACGAUGCCCAGAAGGAUCUGGACGAGGCACUGCCAGCCCUGGACGCGGCCCUGGCCAGCCUGCGCAACCUCAACAAGAAUGACGUGACUGAGGUGCGAGCCAUGCAGAGGCCUCCCCCCGGCGUGAAGCUGGUGAUAGAAGCCAUGUGCAUCAUGAAGGGCAUCAAGCCCAAGAAGGUGCCCGGGGAGAAGCCCGGCUCCAAGGUGGAUGACUACUGGGAGCCAGGCAAGGGGCUGCUGCAGGACCCCGGCCGCUUCCUGGAAGGCCUCUUCAAAUUCGACAAGGACAACAUCGGGGAGGCUGUGAUCAAAGCCAUCCAGCCCUACAUCGACAAUGAGGAGUUCCAGCCGGCCGCCAUCGCCAAAGUGUCCAAGGCCUGCACCUCCAUCUGCCAGUGGGUGCGCGCCAUGCACAAGUACCAUUUUGUGGCCAAGGCCGUGGAGCCCAAGCGGCAAGCCCUGCGGGAGGCCCAAGACGACCUGGAGGUGACACAGAAGAUCCUGGAGGAGGCAAAGCAGCGCCUGCGGGAGGUGGAGGAUGGCAUCUCCAUGAUGCAGGCCAAGUACCGGGAGUGCGUGGCCAAGAAAGAGGAGCUGGAGCUCAAGUGCGAGCAGUGCGAGCAGCGGCUGGGCCGUGCAGACAAGCUCAUCAACGGGCUGUCGGACGAGAAGGUGCGCUGGCAGGAGACCGUGGAGAACCUGGAGAACAUGCUCGACAACAUCUCCGGCGACGUGCUGGCGGCUGCCGGCUUCGUGGCCUACCUCGGCCCUUUCACGGGCCAGUACCGGACAGCACUCUAUGAAAGCUGGGUCGCCCAGCUCAAGACCCACCAGGUCCCGCACACCUCCGAGCCCACGCUGAUCGGGACACUGGGGAACCCCGUGAAAAUCCGCUCGUGGCAGAUCGCCGGCCUCCCCAACGACACGCUGUCUGUGGAGAACGGUGUCAUCAACCAGUUCUCUCAGCGCUGGAGCCACUUCAUUGACCCCCAGGCCCAAGCCAAUAAGUGGAUCAAGAACAUGGAGAAGGACAAUGGGCUGGACGUGUUCAAGCUGAGCGACCGGGACUUCCUGCGCAGCAUGGAGAACGCCAUCCGCUUUGGCAAGCCCUGCCUCCUGGAGAACGUGGGCGAGGAGCUGGACCCGGCCCUGGAGCCCGUGCUGCUGAAGCAGACCUACAAGCAGCAGGGGAACACCGUGAUGAAGCUGGGGGACACGGUGAUCCCCUACCACGAGGACUUCAGGAUGUACAUCACCACCAAGCUGCCCAACCCGCACUACACACCUGAGGUCUCCACCAAGCUCACCCUCAUCAACUUCACCCUGUCGCCCAGUGGCCUGGAGGACCAGCUGUUGGGCCAGGUAGUGGCUGAGGAGCGGCCUGACCUGGAGGAAGCCAAGAACCAGCUGAUAGUCAGCAACGCCAAGAUGCGCCAAGAGCUGAAGGACAUUGAAGACCAGAUCCUGUACCGGCUCAGCUCGUCGGAGGGCAACCCCGUCGAUGACAUGGAGCUGAUCAAGGUGCUGGAGGCGUCCAAGAUGAAAGCCGCUGAGAUCCAGGCCAAGGUCAGGAUCGCAGAGCAGACAGAGAAGGACAUCGACCUCACACGCAUGGAGUACAUCCCCGUGGCCGUCCGCACCCAGAUCCUCUUCUUCUGCGUGUCUGACCUGGCCAACGUGGACCCCAUGUAUCAGUACUCCCUCGAGUGGUUUCUCAACAUCUUUCUCUCGGGCAUCGCCAACUCCGAGAGGGCAGACAACCUGAAGAAACGUAUCGCCAACAUCAACCGCUACCUGACCUACAGCCUCUACAGCAACGUCUGCCGCAGCCUCUUUGAGAAGCACAAGCUCAUGUUCGCCUUCCUGCUGUGCGUGCGCAUCAUGAUGAAUGAGGACAGGAUCGACCAGAAUGAAUGGCGCUACCUCCUGUCUGGAGGCUCCAUCCAGGUCGGGGCUGAGAACCCUGCGCCAGACUGGCUGUCAGACAGAGCCUGGAGGGACAUCCUGGCUCUCUCAAAUCUGCCAACCUUCUUAUCCCUCGCCUCCGACUUCGCCAACCACCUGACGGAAUUCCGGGCCAUCUUUGACAGCCUGGAGCCCCACCGGGAGCCCCUGCCUGGCAUUUGGGAUCAGCACCUGGACCAUUUCCAGAAGCUGCUGGUCCUCCGAUGUCUCCGUGGAGACAAAGUCACCAACGCCAUGCAGGACUUCGUGGCCGCCAACCUGGAGCCGCGCUUCAUCGAGCCCCAGACAGCCAACCUGUCACUGGUGUUCAAAGACUCCAACUCCACCACACCCCUCAUCUUCGUGCUGUCACCUGGCACUGACCCUGCCGCCGACCUCUACAAGUUUGCGGAAGAGAUGAAGUUCUCCAAGAAGCUCUCUGCCAUCUCCCUGGGCCAGGGCCAGGGCCCGCGGGCAGAAGCCAUGAUGCGCAGCUCAAUAGAGAGAGGCAAGUGGGUCUUCUUCCAGAACUGUCACCUGGCCCCGAGCUGGAUGCCAGCCCUGGAACGCCUCAUCGAGCACAUCAACCCCGACAAGGUGCACCGAGACUUCCGCCUGUGGCUCACCAGCCUCCCCAGCAACAAGUUCCCAGUGUCCAUCCUGCAGAACGGCUCCAAAAUGACCAUCGAGCCGCCCCGCGGAGUCAAGGCCAACCUGCUCAAGACCUACAGCAGCCUGAGCGACGACUUCCUCAGCUCCUGUCACAAGAUGAUGGAGUUCAAGUCCCUGCUGCUGUCUCUGUGCCUCUUCCACGGCAACGCUCUGGAGCGCCGCAAGUUCGGGCCCCUGGGCUUCAACAUCCCCUACGAGUUCACGGACGGGGACCUGCGCAUCUGCAUCAGCCAGCUCAAGAUGUUCCUGGAUGAGUACGAGGACAUUCCCUACAAGGUCCUCAAGUACACGGCGGGCGAGAUCAACUACGGAGGCCGCGUCACCGACGACUGGGACCGGCGCUGCGUCAUGAACAUCCUGGAGGACUUCUACAACCCCGCUGUGCUGUUCCCUGAGCACAGCUACAGCGCCUCGGGCGUGUACCACCAGAUCCAGCCCACCUACGACCUCAACGGCUACCUCUCCUACAUCAAGACCCUCCCACUCAACGACAUGCCUGAGAUCUUUGGUCUCCACGACAACGCCAACAUCACCUUCGCCCAGAAUGAGACCUUUGCCCUGCUUGGCGCCAUCAUCCAGCUGCAACCCAAAUCUUCCUCCGUGGGCGGCCAGGGCAGGGAGGAGAUAGUGGAGGACAUAGCCCAGAGCAUUCUGCUCCAGAUGCCCGAGUCCACCAACGUGUCCUGGGUGAUGAACAAGUACCCCGUGCUGUACGAGGAGUCCAUGAACACGGUGCUGGUGCAGGAGGUCAUUAGGUACAACCGGCUGCUGCAGGUGAUCUCACAGACGCUGCAAGACCUGCUCAAGGCGCUCAAGGGGCUGGUGGUGAUGUCCUCGCAGCUGGAGCUGAUGGCCGCCAGCCUGUUUAACAACACGGUGCCUGAGCUCUGGAACUCCAAGGCCUACCCGUCGCUCAAGCCGCUGUCUUCGUGGGUCAUGGACCUGCUGCAGCGCCUCGACUUCCUGCACACCUGGAUCCAAGAGGGGAUCCCGGCUGUCUUCUGGAUCAGCGGUUUCUUCUUCCCCCAGGCUUUCCUGACGGGCACCCUUCAGAACUUUGCUCGCAAGUCCGUCAUCUCUAUCGACACCAUCUCCUUCGACUUCAAGGUCAUGAGCCGGCCAGUGUCAGAACUCAAGACAAGGCCCGAGGAAGGAUGCUACAUCCACGGACUGUUCCUGGAGGGGGCCCGCUGGGACCCUGCAGCCUUCCAGUUGGCCGAGUCCCGGCCCAAGGAGCUCUACACGGAGAUGGCGGCGAUCUGGCUUCUGCCAGUGCCUAACCGCGUCGUCCGGAACCAUGACUUCUACCUGUGCCCCAUCUACAAGACACUGACUCGAGCUGGAACACUAUCAACCACAGGCCACUCCACUAACUACGUCAUUGCUGUGGAGAUCCCGACCAGCCAGCCCCAGCGACACUGGAUCAAGCGAGGCGUGGCCCUCAUCUGUGCCCUGGACUACUAGACUUGAUGGUGGGGGCGCAGGGGGCGGGCAGACAUUAAAGUCACGUCUUCUAAGCA